CGUAAACGUGCCUGGCUAGACCCGUCCAUAAUCUUCUAAUAUUUAAUAAAUUUAUCGCUGGUCCAUAGUGGGAAUCUUACUCUUUCCAUUAUUCCCCUUUAACCAGAUCUAUACAACACAUAAUGUCAAACAACAACCGUCGUGAUAUCUUCAUAAUGCCUUCCUUCCGGUGACAAAUUUAACUACCUACCUACUUUCAUUUUCAUUUGUUUUAUUUCCUUUACCCCUGUUAUCCCCGUUAGACUUCCAUAGACGAUAGACAAUAUCUUAUCUCUUAAUACAAUGUCCAUUUCCGUAGCGGACUUCCCUCAAGUUUGGCAGAAGCCCUCGGCCGAGGAACUUCUCGCAUCUCUUAAAAAGCUUCAGGUCGAACCUCCGAUAUGGAAUCCCAAAACUUCACGGAAAAUAAUUAUAGAAACUUGUCAAAAUGCUGCUCAAUUUCGUCGCGAAGUCGCCGCCUACCUGUCUAGCAUAGUCUCGAGCAGUCUCGGAUGGAUUCAGGACGACGAUGAAAAGGAGGCGUUGUGGGACGAGGCAAGCCGACGCCUUUCGGAACGCUGUGGUAGAGCGGCAAUGGGGGAAAUCACGCGGAGAUGGCCACUGGAAAGCCAAACGUCAUCUCCCUUUGAACUGAUCAUCCGAGAGCCUCCUAUCAUUGGCGAUUGUCUUGGCCUGAAAACCUGGGGAUCCUCUUAUCUGUUAGCACAAUCUUUAGGGGAGAUCGCAGAGAAGUCAUUAUCCCACUUACUGCAACUAGGACGCCCGAACCAGUCUCUAGAAGUUCUCGAACUCGGUUCUGGCACAGGGCUCUUGGGAAUGGCUGCUGCUGCAAUCUGGCAGACCAACGUUAUUUUGACUGAUCUCCCGAGCAUCAUGGCUAACCUUGGGUUCAACAUUGAGAGGAAUCGUUCCACCAUCGAGAUCCUAGGAGGUGGAGUUGAAUCGGGUGCUUUGACAUGGGGCUCUGACGAAGACAACGCUGAGCGAUUUGGCGAGAAGAACCAAUUCAAGAUCGUUCUUGCCGCAGACCCUCUCUACGAUGAUGAUCACCCUGAAUUGCUGUCGUCUGCUAUACAUGACCAUUUGAUGAUAGAUAAUGAUGCUAGAGCUGUCGUAAUGGUCCCUCAAAGAGACCUGGUCACGAAGCGAUUAAUAGCAAAAUUCCUGUCAAUCAUGGCAUCUUCCGAUUUGAAAGUCCUAGAAGAACAUACUUUAGCCGGUCAAGAUGACUGGGACGAGGAUGGAGAAGACUCAGGAAUAGAAUGCUGGUGGGCAGUCUUCGGGAGACAGUGAUGGUGCAUACCAUAUCUCCUAUCCACUCACGGACUUACUAGUCCCCACUCAAGACAGAAUCAUCCAUAGAACCAUAGAUCGCUAAUAGUAGACUGAUAGAUUGAAGAAUAGAGUUACCGCAUAUCUCUCUGCG